AUGCUUAAUGGUAGUCUUGAAAAUCAUUUGUUUGAAAGGGGUUCUAAUGUGCUUUCUUGGUCACUGCGUAUGAAAGAGGCGAUUGGUGCUGCUAGAGGGCUUUGUUUUUUGCACGAAGCUAAGGAUCAAGUCAUUUACAGAGACUUCAAAGCAGCAAAUAUCCUUCUUGAUUCAGGAUUCAACCCAAAACUCUCAGACUUUGGAUUGGCGAAAGAAGGUCCAAAAGACAACCGUUCACAUGUGACAACCCAAGUCAUCGGUACAGAAGGUUACGCAGCUCCAGAAUAUCUAGCAACAGGUCAUCUAACAACGAAAUGUGACGUCUACAGCUUUGGUGUAGUCUUGCUAGAGAUUCUAUCUGGACGUAGAGCAAUAGACAAAACUAAAGCUCGAGAAGAAGAAUAUUUAGUGGAAUGGGCGACACCUUACUUGCGAGACAAGCGAAAAGUGUUUAGGAUAAUGGACACGAAGCUUGUGGGUCAAUACCCUCAGAAAGCAGCGUUUAUGAUGUCUUUCUUGGCUUUACAAUGUAUUGGAGAGGUUAAAGGUAGACCAUCGAUGCCUGAGGUCUUGUCUCUUCUUGAGAAAGUUACAAUUCCAAGACAUCGAAAGAGUAGAAGCAGAGGUUUUGCUACUAACUCUUCUUCCAAACGGUUUCUCAGACACCCUAAUUAA